AAGAAGAAGAAAGAAGGGCCAAAUCGGAAAGAAAAUAGGAAAAUACAGAAAAUAAUUUUAUAAUAAUUUACUAGUCCCAGAUCGCCCACCCUUGCCCUUUAUUCUAACAGAGGAAGCAACAGAGGCAUCAUCGUCGUCAUCAGCGAAGAUUAAGAGUCAAAGUCCAAAAGCCCGAGAGAGAGCCUUCUUCAGUUCUUCUUCGCCUUCUCAAUUCUCCCAUUUGUUUCUCUAAAACCCAUCUCUAUCUCUUCGAAAUCCCAAACCUUUCAAAGCCACGCUUGUGCAAUCUCAAAUCGUUGUAUUUAUUAUUGUUUACAGUUUUGUCCGAAAGUCUUCGCCUUUUUUACACCAUUGCCAUAAAAAAAACCCUAGCCUCACUUGCCGCUGAAAACCCAAUUCAAAGCUUCGCAAUAGCUCUCUGUCUGAAAAUUGCUUCUUGUAGCAGUUCAAUGCUGGGGGCAGUAUGCCGAUGAUAGUUGGGAGAAAUGCAAAGGUAUCAUGCCACCGGCUGCACUAGUGCAGUUAAUAACAACGCCAUAGGUGGGACAUCAGGGAGGGAUUCUGUGCGAGCUGAUUCAGCUGCAUUGCCUGCUAACUUAUCUCUAGCUUCGAGGCGCACAUCGCAGUUAAACCCUUACAAGUUGAAGUGCGAAAAAGACCCUUUGAACGGCCGACUUGGGCCACCUGACUUUCACCCCCAAACUCCAAAUUGCCCAGAGGAGACUCUUACCAGAGAAUAUGUGCAGUUUGGAUACAGAGAGACUGUUGAAGGAAUUGAGGAAUCUAGAGAGAUAUCGCUGAGCCAGGCUCAAGUGUUUAACAAGCCUCUCGUCUUCAGAUGCAAAGAGGCCAUAAAAAAACGUUUUAGGGCCAUCAAUGAAUCUCGUGCUCAAAAGAGGAAGGCUGGUCAAGUGUACGGUGCCCCUCUUGCUGAUACACUAUUGUCCAAGCCAGGCAUUUUUCCUGAACAGAGGCACCUCGGUGAAGACUUACGAAAAAAAUGGAUCGAGGGUCUAUCACAACAACACAAGCGCUUGCGUUCGUUGGCUGAUCAUGUUCCUCACGGGUAUAGGAAAAGAUCCCUAUUUGAAGUUCUUACAAGGAAUAAUGUUCCAUUGCUGAGAGCAACUUGGUUUAUUAAAGUAACUUAUCUUAAUCAGGUCAGGCCAGGUUCUGCCAUUAUUUCUUCUGGGGCACCUGAUAAAGCUCAGUUGUCCCGCACAGAGCUCUGGACAAAAGAUGUUAUCGAUUACCUGCAGUACCUUCUCGAUGAGUUAUUCUCGAGAAAUAAUUCGCAUUCUACUUCACACAACAGAGAUCGUUCGCCACAAACGCUUUAUGCUGGGUCAGUUCCACAAAGGAGUGAUUCAACAUCAGCAGUCCUUGACGGUGAGGAGCCUUCCCUACAUUUCAAGUGGUGGUAUGUGGUGCGGCUCUUGCAAUGGCAUCAUGCCGAGGGGCUGCUUCUUCCUACUCUUAUUAUUGAGUGGGUUCUUAGUCAACUGCAGGAGAAAGAAUUGCUUGAGAUUAUGCAGUUGCUCUUGCCUAUUGUAUAUGGUGUUCUGGAAACUGUUGUUUUAUCUCAAACAUAUGUGCGCAAUCUUGUUGGGGUAGCUGUUCGUUUCAUUCGCGAACCUUCUCAAGGAGGGUCAGAUGUUGUGGAUAACUCUCGUAGGGCAUAUACAGUGUCUACUGUGGUUGAGAUGCUUCGUUAUUUAAUACUUGCUGUACCUGAUACAUUUGUAGCUUUGGACUGCUUUCCAUUACCAUCUUGUGUAGUCUCUUAUAUAGUAAAUGAUGGAUUAUCAAAGAUGUCCGAGGAUGUGAGAAAGAUUGGAAAUGGUUCGGCAGAAGUUGCUUCUGCGUUCAGAAGUAAAGGUUUUGAUGCCCAAUAUCAGUCCUUGGCCUUUGAUCAUGUUGUUUCAUCCAUUCAGAAACGUGCUGACAAUCUUGCAAAGGCUGCAAGCCCUAGUUAUCCAGUCCAUAGUAUUGCUAAAGCUGUACAGGCCCUAGAUAGAUCUCUUGUUCAGGGAGAUGUUCGAGGGGCUUAUAGAUUUCUGUUUGAAGAUCCUUGUGAUGGAGUCGCAAAUGAAAGUUGGAUCACAGGAGUUAGUCCAUGCUUGAGAACAUCGUUGAAGUGGAUUGGGACUGCGAACUUGUCAUUUGUUUGCUCUGUGUUUUUCCUUUGUGAAUGGGCAACAUGUGAUUUCAGGGAUUUUCGAACUGCCCCACCUUGUGAGCUGAAGUUUACCGGCAGAAAGGAUUUUUCUCAGGUACAUGUUGUAAUUCAGCUUUUGAAACUCAAGAUAAGAGAUUUACAAUGUUCACCUCAACGUAAGAAUGACAGCUUCCUUGGAGUCGGUAGUGUUGCAAAAGGUUCCACCCAGCAUAAUAAUUUUCCUGUCAGAAUAUCCAUGGGAAAUUCCUAUGAAACUAAGAAUAGAUCAAAAAAUGGCGAUCAAAGAAGUACAAAAUCGUCAAAUAUAUUCGAGAGCCCAGGUCCUUUACAUGAUAUUAUAGUCUGUUGGAUUGAUCAACAUGAAGCAGGAAAAGGAGAAGGUUUCAAGCGCCUUCAACUACUUGUAAUUGAACUCAUACGAUCUGGUAUUUUUCACCCCCAUGCCUAUGUUAGGCAGCUGAUAGUUUGUGGAAUUAUGGAUACGGAUGGACCGGUGGUUGAAGUAGACAGACGGAAGAGGCAUUAUCGAAUCUUGAAGCUGUUGCCUGGGCUCUUGAUGCGUGAUGCUUUGGAAGAAGCAGGGAUUGCUGAAGAGCCUCAACUUUCAGAGGCUAUGAACUUAUACUCAACUGAGCGCCGCCUAAUACUUCGUGGGCUUCUCUCUGAUCAAAAUAAAAAUGCGAAUAUGAUUGUGUCUGCUCUGAAGCAAAAGCAUUUUCCUAUCCCUGGAAAGGACGGUGCUUUGCCAGUUUCUGUUGAUCAGUGGAAGGCGGUUCAGUCAUCAUCCAACAUAUUGUCUGUUAAAGGUGGCAAAUCUGAUGCUGAUCUUGAAGAACUAAAGGAAGCAAUCUCAGUUCUGUUGCAACUCCCAAAUAGUUCAUCCCCAUCAACAGAAACAGGACUUGAUGAAUCCCAGGGGAGUGUGAAGAGGCCUUUUGGGUCAAUUUAUAAUAAGAUGGAUCGGGGAGAAGGCACCCCUGGGUGUGAAGAAUGCAAAAGGGCAAAGAGGCAAAAGGUGAGUGAUGAAAGGAGCUCAUACAUCCAAGGAAAUUCUCCAAUUCCUUCUGACGAUGAAGAUACCUGGUGGAUGAGGAAGAGACUUAAAUCCUUGGAGCCAAUGAAGGUUGAUCCACCAGUUAAGUCAACCAAACAGGUGUCUAGGAAUCGGCAGAAAAUAGUUCGUAAAACUCAAAGUCUUGCUCAACUAGCAGCUGCUAGGAUUGAGGGUAGCCAGGGGGCAUCUACAAGCCAUGUCUGCAAUAAUAAAGUAAGCUGUCCUCAUCAUAGAACUGGACUGGAGGGAGAAACUCCGAAGUCUACAGAUCCAACCAAAGUGAGCCAUGGUGGAGAUAUUGUUUCAAUUGGAAAAGCUUUAAAGCGGCUACGAUUUAUGGAGAAGAGGACUAUUACGGUUUGGUUGAUGACUGUUAUUAGGCAGCUUGUUGAAGAUACUGAAAAGACUAUUGCUAAGGUUGGCCAAUUUGGUAGGACUUUCACUUCUGUUGAUGAUAGGAGCUCCAUACGGUGGAAGCUCGGUGAAGAUGAACUUUCUGCUGCACUGUAUUUGAUGGAUGUUUCAAAUGAUUUAGUUUUAGCAGUCAAGUUUCUGCUUUGGUUGCUGCCAAAGGUUAGUAGCCCCAGUUCUACAUUCCAUAGUGGGAGAAACAUUCUGCUGUUGCCGAAAAAUGUUGAAAGCCAAGUGUGUGAAGUGGGGGAGGCAUUUCUUAUAUCAUCCCUUCGAAGGUAUGAGAACAUAGUUAUUGCUACAGAUCUUAUUCCAGAAGUCUUGUCAGCUAUAAUGCACCGUGCUUCAGCAGUAGUGGCAUCUAAUGGAAGGCUUUCAGGGUCGCCUGCCUUAGCAUACAGUCGGUAUUUGUCGAAGCGAUAUAGUAAUGUGGCUAGUGUCAUUGAAUGGGAGAAGAAUUUCAAGGCAACAUGUGAUAAGAGACUUCUUUCUGAACUUGAGUCUGGACAAUCAGUGGAUGGAGAGUUGGGGUUUCCGCUUGGUGUUCCAGCAGGGGUUGAAGAUCUUGAUGAUUUUUUCCGCCAAAAGAUUAGUGGUGUCCGGUUGUCCAGGGCGGGUUUAAACAUGAGAGAAAUAGUGCAACGAAAUGUGAAUGUCGAGGAUGCCUUUCAUUAUUUUUAUGGCAAAGAGAGAAAACUCUUUGCUGCUGGUGCUCAUAAAGGCCCUCCUGUUGAAAAAUGGGAUGAUGGAUAUCAGAUAGCUCAAAAAGUAAUUACAGAACUGAUGGACUGCAUUCGGCAGACUGGUGGUGCUGCUCAAGAAGGGGACCCCUCUUUGGUGUCUUCUGCUGUUUCUGCUAUUGUGGGUAAUGUAGGACUAAUUAUAGCAAAAGUUUAUGAUUUUAGAGCAGGGGGUAGCUAUUCAAGUUUUCCAGCUGCCACUGAUUCCCUGAACUGUGCAAGGCGUAUUUUGCGCAUCCAUAUAAGUUGCCUAUGCCUCCUUAAGGAAGCUCUUGGAGAGCGCCAAACCCGUGUAUUUGAGGUAGCUCUUGCGACAGAAGCUUGUUCUGCUCUUGCUGGGGUUUUUUCUCCUGGAAAGGCAUCUCGAAAUCAAUAUCAGUCAUCUCCUGAAUCCCAUGAUUCCAACACUAAUGCUUCUAAUGAUAUUUUGAACAGUUCUACAAAAAUUGGUCUUGGGAGAACAACAAAAGUUGCAGCUGCAGUUUCUGCGCUAAUUAUUGGGGCAGUUGCUCAAGGGGUUACUAGCCUGGAGAGAUUGGUGACUGUAUUCAAGUUAAAGGAAAGGUUGGAUAUAAUUCAGUUUGUAAGGAGUAGUAGAUCCAACUCUAAUGGUAAUGCUCGGUCUUCUGGGGCAUUUAAGGGGGAUAUCUCGCUUGAAGUUUAUGUGCAUUGGUUUAGACUGCUUGUCGGAAACUGCAGAACUGUUUCUGAUGGAUUGGUUGUGGAACUCUUGGGUGAACCCACUGUGAUAGCUCUUUCAAGGAUGCAGCGUAUGCUCCCCCUUGGUUUGGUCUUUCCACCGGCCUAUUCAAUAUUUGCUUUUGUUGUAUGGCGGCCAUUCCUUCUUAACACUAGCAUUGCGGCCCGGGAGGAUUUUAAUCAAUUAUAUCAAUCUUUAACAACAGCUAUAGGUGAUGCUGUAAAGCACUCGCCUUUUCGUGAUGUGUGUUUGAGAGAUAGUCAGGGUUUCUAUGAUCUCGUAGCUGCAGAUGGCAGUGAUGCUGAAUUUGCAGCUAUACUAGAGUUGAAUGGUUCAGACAUGCUUUUAAAAUCCACGGCUUUUGUUCCGUUGCGUGCAAGGCUGUUUCUAAAUGCUAUCAUGGAUUGUAAGAUGCCAGAGUCUUUAUUUAUGCAGUGUGAAGGAAAUCAGGUUUCUGGACAUGGCGAAUCGAAGGUUCAAUAUGCAGAACGUGAAACAAAGCUUGUAGAUAAGCUUGUACAUAUCUUAGAUACCCUGCAACCUGCAAAAUUUCAUUGGCAGUGGGUAGAGCUCAGGCUCCUCUUGAACGAACAAGCACUCAUUGAAAAGCUUGAGACUCAGGAUAUGUCCUUAGUGGAUGCCAUUCGUUCGUCCUCCCCUAGUCCUGAAAAGGCUGCUGCCUCUGAGAAUGAGAAAUAUUUCAUUGAAAUCAUCCUUACGAGAUUAUUGGUUAGACCUGAUGCUGCACCUCUUUUCUCAGAUGUGGUUCAUCUUUUCGGGAGGUCACUAGCAGAUUCUAUGUUGUUGCAGGUGAAGUGGUUCUUGGGUGGGUCAGAUGUUCUUUUUGGACGAAAAACCAUUAGACAACGUCUUCUCAAUAUUGCUGAGAGUAAAGGUCUCUCAACUAAGACCCAGUUUUGGAAGCCUUGGGGAUGGUGUAGUUAUGGUUUUGAUCCUGUGACAAACAGGGGAGAUAAGAAGAAGUUUGAAGUCACCUCCCUUGAAGAGGGUGAGAUGGUUGAAGAGGGAAUAGAUUCAAAAAAGUACGGGAAAGGGCUCACUCCAACAUAUGAUAUUGAAAGCUACAAUGUCACCCAGCAGCGUGUGACAGAGAGGGCUCUCAUUGAAUUACUUCUUCCUUGUAUAGAUCAAAGCUCCGAUGACUCGCGCAAUACCUUUGCGAAUGAUUUGAUCAAGCAGUUGAGUAAUAUUGAGGUACAUAUUAGUGCAGUUACUCGUGGGACAAAUAAGCAAGCAGGGCCAGCUCCUUCUGGCGUUGAAGGUCCCACAAGCAAAGGAAAUAAUCGCAAAGGUAUAAGGGGUGGGAGUCCUGGGUUAGCUAGACGUGCAACAGUAGCAGCAGAUUCUGCUCCACCAUCCCCUGCAGCUUUGCGAGCUUCUAUGUCGCUGCGAUUGCAGUUACUCUUAAGAUUGCUUCCUAUCAUUUGUGCAGACAGGGAGCCAUCUGGGCGAAACAUGAGGCAUGCGCUAGCCUCUGUAGUACUACGUCUUCUAGGAAACCGAGUUGUGAACGAGGAUGCAGAGCUAUGCGUCAAUCUCAUGCAGAGUUCUUUUUCCAAGAGGGAGGCAGAGUCUUCAACAGAGGCUGCCUCUGCUGCUUUUGCAGACUUGUCAAGUGAAAGUCUCUUUGAUCAGUUACUGUUGGUUCUGCAUGGGCUGUUAAGCAGUUGCCAGCCAAGUUGGUUGAGGCCUACUAAGUCAACAAAUGAGAGUGGAAAAGAUUUUGCUGCAUUUGAUCGUGAAAUGGCAGACCAUUUACAGAAUGACUUGGAUCGCAUGCAACUGCCGGAAAGGAUUCGCUGGCGUAUUCAAACUGCAAUGCCUGUAGUUGUCCCUUCUAUUCGGUGCUUUGUCUCUUGCCAACCACCACCUGUUCCGAAUACUGCUUUGGCUGUUCUUCAAACCAGCAUAUCGACUCCUGGGUUUUAUUCUGGAAUCUCAAACCCACCUCAGAGAAAUCAGGUUCCUCUGGCACGAACUGUAGCUAACAUACCAGGGAAGUCUAAAUCAUUGCCGUCACAGGAUUAUGAUAUGGAUAUUGAUCCAUGGACGCUGCUGGAAGAUGGUGCGGGAUCAGGCCCAUCUUCAAGUAACAGUGCUUUGAUAGGCAGUGCAGACCAUGGAAAUCUUCAAGCAUCUAGCUGGCUUAAAGGGGCUGUAAGGGUGAGACGAAAGGAUCUCACAUACAUUGGUGCGGUGGAUGAUGACAGCUGAGUUUAAAAGUUAACUUCGUUGUUAUUUCCGUCUGGAGUGCCCCCUCAGCAGGUAACUUCAUGUUUACGAUCAUUGUGCAUAAUUGGUAUCAGGAUCACCCUUGUUGUGCGGGUCCUUUUCUUUUAUGACGGAGAAGGUGGUGAGAGGGAAUUUUUUUGGUGGGGUGCGUGGGGUCUUUUUGGAAGAAAUGUGAAGAUGUUCUCGCGCAGUCCAUACAGCCGGUGCUUGUGCCUGAUUGACUACUGACCCUUUGAUCUCCCCUCAUCCAACUGUGCACCUCUGCAUGCUGUUCGGAGGUCUGUUGUAUAUAGAGAUAUUUUGUUCACUUUACCAAUUGAUCUGAGUAAGAUAUCUCCAGAAUGAUAUGUAGCUGUUUCUUUAUAAUCAAUUUAUACUUUCUACUCUCUC